AUGAGCACAACCCAAUCAUCCAAUUUGGAUAAUUCACAGCAGAGGAUACUAGGAACCGUUGGACCUGACGCUAGACGUAUGCGGAAGGCAAUUUUUCGGCGAACGAUUGAUUAUAAUGCGUCUAUAAUGAACUACUUGAGAGAUAGAGUUUGGCAGAUUUCCCCUCGUUCUCGAAUAGCCUUGCAACCUGAUUAUUUGUAUAAUUUUCUAGUAAGCUGUUUAUCUGCCUUUUUUAUCCUGGGUCCUCCAAGCGAGUAUCUUAGCAAUCCUAUGAACUGUGUUACCGGUAAACUUGUUCGAACAUCAACAAAUAAAAACAAGUGUCCGAUUUAUUGUGUGUGUUGGACACCAGAAGGUCGGCGACUGAUAACUGGUGCUUACACUGGCGAAUUCACUCUUUGGAAUGGGCUCACGUUUAAUUUUGAAACCAUUUUACAGGCUCAUGAGUCCCAAAUACGUUGCAUGAAGUGGUCUCACAAUGAUGAUUGGCUACUUACUGCUGAUCAUGCCGGUUAUGUGAAAUACUGGCAAGCUAACAUGAAUAAUGUGCAGGUGUAUCAGGCGCAUAAGAUGCCCAUCCGAGGCGUCAGGUAUGCUGAUAUUUAUGGUUGA